AUAAUGUAUCACUUUCACAUGAAAUAAUUGAAAAACUUCGCACAUGGCCUACUAAUGAAGAUAUCCAAGAGUGUGCAAGAGUUGCAUUUAAUGAAUCCGUAUUAUUAGUAAAAUAUAUUGAUGAAUUUUUUAUUCCGGAAUUUACUAAAUGUAUAGAACAAAUAAUGAAUAGUAAAGAUGAUGAAUUAGUUGAAUUAAGUAAUAUUUCUUUAAAUAAUGAAGCUAGCUUAAGUCGUUCAAUUAAUGUUGGUAAUGCGGCAUUAGAAGUAACACGUAUAUUAUCUAAUAUAUCAAAUAAUAAUGAACAAUUACAUGAAGAUGAAAUUUUAAGCGAUGAUGAAAUUUUAAGUGAUAAUGAAAUUUUAAAUGAUGAUGAAAUUUUAAACGAUGAUGAAAUUUUGGAUACUAGUAUUUUGGAUGAAGUUUUAAAUGAAAACAAAGAUUUAAAUAAUAAAAAUAUGACACAACAAUUACCAUUAUUUAAAGAAUUUUCCGAGAUUCAAUAUAUUGUUCAGCAUCCUUCGGUUUCUAUAAAUUUUUAUUCAUUUCAACAAUUUAUUACAAAUGAUACUUUAGAUAUUAAAACUCUUCUACAAAUUCGCCAAAAUCACGAUGCAUUUUCGCACAAUAUGAAAUCUAAACUUAAUUAUUUACACCAAACUACAAUAGAUGAAAAUAAAAUAAACUUAUUACUGAAAUAA